AUGGUAACUGCCAGUAAACCCGUUUACUGUACUCUAGUUGGUGAUGGUAUGGUUGGGAAGACAUCAAUUGCACUCAGUUUUAUUGGAGAGCGAAUGGAAGAAAAUUACGUUUCUACAGUGUUCGAAAACUAUGCAGGAGGCACCUUAAUUGAUGGAGAAAGUUAUAUUGUUAGCAUUUACGAUCCUGCUGGUCAUCAUGACUAUGACCGAAUGAGGGCCUGUACUUAUACAGACUGUGAAGUAAUACUUGUGUGCUACAAUGCAAGCGACAGAGACACAUUUGACAAUGUUACGUCAUUUUGGCUACCGGAAAUAAGGCGGUUCAGAGGCAAGAAAUCAACACUCAUUCUUGUUGCAACAAAAACGGAUACUCGGAAUCCGGAUUCUGACUCUUCAGUUAGUACAGAGGAAGGAGAGCAGUUAGCAAGAGAGAUAAAUGCUGUGGGAUAUAUGGAAACGACGAUACAAAACUUUGAUAGUGUAAAGGAUGUUUUCGAAAAAGUAGUUGUGUGUGCCUUAAAAUGCAGAAAGAAAAAGAAUAAUUUCCUGAAACGGAUAUUCCGACGAUAA